UGGGGAGACGACUAUCAAGAGUCCAAUGCAGAGUGGCGGAGCAGAAGCAGCUUCAAUUGAAGGACCAUACACAGGCCUCGGUUAAAAAAGCGGAAGCCAUCAGCAGCGUGAGCAGACGACAGAGACACAUGGCGCAGGGUGGCGGUGGAUGCAGCAGUAUUCGGAAGCCAAACACAGGCCUCGGUUAAAAAGCGGAAGCCGUCAGCAGCGUGAGCAGACGACAGAGCACAUGGCGCAGUAUUCGGAAGCCAUUACACAGCCUAGGUUAAAAAGCGGAAGCCGUCAGCAGCGUGAGCAGACGACAGAGGCACAUGGCGCAGGGUGGCGGUGGAUGCAGCAGUAUUCGGAAGCCAAACACAGGCCUCGGUUAAAAAGCGGGAAGCCCAGCAGCAGUGUGAGCAGACGACAGAGACACAUGGCGCAGGGGUGGCGGUGGAUGCAGCAGUAUUCGGAAGCCAUACACAGGCCU